GCCAUUUUGAAACGCUAUGUGGUGGGUGGAUCAGACACUGGCAAUCUAGAAAAAUUUAUGGCGUACAUUGUUCCUUCCUUGGAUGAGUUGUCCAAGGAUAUGCAUGAUGUAAACGAGGAUAUCUCUUACACUUGGGUAGGUGGCGAUGAUGCAAACGAUCGUGGCACAUACCUAGUAUCAUUCGACGAUGGGACUGCUAGCUAUCUGAAGAGUAACACAAGAAGUAUGUGUGGAACAUUCUACUUCUCUUGCCAAUUUCUUUGGGCUUUGGAUGUAGGUUUAUACAAAUUCCAGGGUUGGUGCUUCGAGCUCCAAGAUGAGAAGGUUAGAGGACGAAGAAGGAAACACGAGCCGAAACAAGAUACCAAUCAAUAUAGCGAUCGUAAUGAGGAUGAUUAUUCUGAAUGA